CAUACCGGUGAGAUUUUACUUUGAAAUUGUUUUUGACCGGAUAUGACGAAUGUGUUCCGCCGACUUUCUGCUCGGUUCGGUUCGUGAAGUUCGGACACUUUUAUAGCGUCAACAGUCACCGAACUUCUCUUAACAGCGACACUUUCCCUCGGGGAUGAACGCGUGAACACUGAACAUGAACGAGUUAAUGUUCUAAGAUUUUAUAGUUUAGAACAUGUUGGACGACAGACAACGUCGUCCUCACUGAAAGAAGAAGAAGAAGAAGAAGAAGAGUGUCAGGAUGGAGCGAGCUCACAGCCUCCUGCUGAACGAGGAGACGUACACUCAGCUGUCUGAACACCAGAGGGCGGAGUUUAUCUUUGAGUGGCUGAAGCACCUGAAGAAGCUGCUGCCGGCCACUGACCGCGUGGACAUCAAACAGAACCAGCAGCGUCUGGUCGACCAGCUGUCGAGCGUUCUGAUUGGCUCGCCGGGGCCGCCCACCCGCUGGCUGCUGGCCCACUGUCUGUCCCUGCUCUACAGCCUGGGAGACCCCAUGUCCUCCAGCCUUUUGGUGGACAGGUGCAAUGACGUCCUCCGCUGCAGAGACGACUCUCCGUCGGCCCUGCCCACACGACUAGCAGCUGUAGCGUGUCUUGGUUCUCUUUAUGAGCAGCUUGGUCGGGUGCUCGUUGGCUCCUUCAGAGAAACUCUGACUGUCCUGCUGAAGGCGAUGAAGAGCGCUGAGUCUCAGGGCCGAUAUGAGAUGAUGUUGAGUCUGGAGAAGAUGCUGCGCGGUUUGGGCGCCAGCGCCGCACCGUGUCACCGCGACGUCUACAAAGCAGCAAGAACCUGUUUGGCGGACCGCUCCAUGGCCGUGCGCUGCGCCGCCAGCAAGUGUUUGCUGGAGCUGCAGCGGGAGGCGGCGUUCCUGUGGACCAGCGAGCUGGACAACGUGGCCACGCUCUGCUUCAGGGCCUUCGAGGGCUCCAACUACAACGUCAGAGUUUCAGUCGCCAAACUGCUGGGAACGCUGUUGGCUGCCGCCAUGGAGCCGCGUCAGCCUGCCGGCCCCAGACAGGGUGGGCGGGGUCGAAGUUCCCUGGAGGAGGUGAUGGAUUUGUUGACAGCGGGCUUCCUGCGUGGCGGGGCGGGUUUCCUCCGAGUCAGUGGAGACAUGCUGAAGGGGACGAGCUCCGUCGGGAAGGAAGUUCGCAUCGGUGUCACUCAGGCCUGCGUCGUCCUCGUCUCUGCCCUGGGAAGCUCGUGGCUGGAGUUGAACUUCCCCGCCUUUCUGUCUCUGCUGAUGGAGCUGGCGUCUCACAGCAGAGCCACGCAGACGCCGGGCGACGCCACGGUGACCCGCCACUGUGUCUCCUUCGCCUUGAGGAGCACGUUGGGUUCCCUGCUGGGAGAGAAGGCUCAGAUCAAUGCCGUCACACAGCUGUGUGCCGCCGUGGCAACGCAGAACCGAGCCAUCGAUGCAGCAAUGACUGAUGGGAACAUGGAGACCAGAGUGUCGUCCUCGGAUGUCUCAGCCAGUCAACAUGUCCUCGUCUGCUGUCUCCUGGAGCUCGGAAGACUCGUUCAGGGACUGGGCUCCAUGGCCACACCCCUCCUGACUGACAGCAGCACAGCCCUUCUGGACACAGUGACCUCCGCCCUCCUUCACCCCGCCUCCUCUGCUCGGCUCGCUGCCGCCUGGUGCCUGCGCUGCGUUGUCACGGCGAUGCCGUCCCAGUGUUCCCCGCUGCUGGACCUCUGCUCCGAGCGGCUGGUGGCGCUGAAGUCGUCGCCUGAGGCCGUGGUCGGCUACGCAGCCGCCAUCGCUGCCCUGGUGGCCUCUGUGCAGCACUGCCCUCUGGGAAUACCACACACCAAGGGCAAGGUGGUUCUGGCUCUGGCUGAGCAGCUGCUCCGCUCCGCCUCUCACAGCAGUCGUAUGUCAGUGCAGAGGACUCAGGCCGGGUGGAUGCUCGUCUCCGCCCUCGUCACUCUGGGCCCUGCUGUGGUCGGGCAUCACCUCCCCCGCCUCCUCCUCCUGUGGCGCUGUGUGUUUCCUGCCUCACUGAGGGAACAGGAGAUGGAGCUGCAGCGAGGAGAUUUCUUCACGUGGCAGGUCACUCUGGAGGGACGAGCAGGAGCGCUGUGCGCGAUGAAGAACCUGCUGCUUCACUGCAGAGAUCUGGUCACUGAUGACAUCACGGCUCGUCUGCUCACACCUGUGUGCUGUGCUGUGUCGCUCCUCACCAGGUUACCUGCUCUCCUCAGGUCUCACAGUUCAGUCAGAAGCUGUUCAAUCAUCUACAGACUCAGAGUCUAUGAGCUGCUCACUCUGCUGCCAACACACACUUACCAAGAGAGCGUUGGUGUGGUCAUGAACCAGCUGGUGUCUGAUCUGUCGGGUCAGGAGAACCUGAACCAGCCGUGUUCAGACCUCACACUGCUGCCCCCUCUCUGUCACCAUGACGACCUGCCGCUGGUUGGCCCCGCCCUCCUGGACACUGACCACAGAUACCUGGAGGAACAGCUCUACGGCAGCAGUGUGGGCGGAGCUUCUCUGGACAACGACCCUUUCAGUCUGUGUGACAGGAGUGGCGGCACUCCCGCUGCGCCCCUCCCACCUCCCGUCACUCUGACCGCCACCGCUGUCCGUCUCUUUGGCGCCAUUUACCCUCAUAUCAUCUCUGCUCAGAGAGUGAAGAUACUGGAGCAGUUUGUGGACACAGUGAACAAACUGAAGGGUCAGCGGCAGCAGACAGUCCAGACUCAUGUCUGUGCUGCCCUCUGCAGUCUGCUCAAGCUCCAGGGCAGCACUCAGAGCAGCACUCAGAGCAGCACUCAGAGCAGCCUGGGGCCAGAGGACAUCCGUGCCCCGGCGCUGUCCCUCCUGACGGGGGCGCUGGAGAGCGUCAGUCCUCUGCUGCGCUGCCUGGCUGCUGAAGGUCUGGCCCGGCUGGUGCAGGUGGUCAGAGACCCCGGCUUCACCGUCUCCAUCUCUCUGCUCUGCUUCGACAGGCUGAAGACGUCUCGGGACGCGGCGUCUCGCUGCGGCUACGCUCUGGCUCUGGGGACGCUGCACCGUUACACUGGACGGAUCAGCUCUCCUCAACAUCUGUCCACGUCCCUCGGAGUCCUGUUCACACUGAGCCAGGACAGCACCUCACCUGAAGUCCAGGCCUGGUCUCUCCACAGUCUGUCUCUGGUGGUGGACCUGUCCGGCGGCCUGUACCAUGUCCACGCAGAGCCGUCUUUCACUCUGGUGCUGCGACUGCUGCUAUCGGCUCCGCCCACUCACCCUGAGGUCCACUACAGCCUGGGACGCUGUCUGUACACACUGAUCACAUGUCUGGGUCCUGACCUACAGGGUAACACACACACACACAUUCUCAGGGAGUUCAAAUCCAGAGAGGUCCACGUAGAGACCAUGACCAUGUCUAAAGUUAGUGUUCAACUCUACUGUGUAAACACAGAGACUGUCCUCCUCUGUGGAGGAUCUCCAGAGAACGUCCAGAGUGACGUGUCUGAGCGUCCACACGCGGUCGUCCCUCAGCAGCCGUGUGCAGCAGAGCAGCUGGACGCUCGCUGA